AUGGAGUACCGUGUAGCUCAAGCUCCAGAUCCAGCUCCAGACAGUAGUUCUAACAUGGGUAGCAACGGAAGUACGGAGCCAACAAGUCUAACAAUCCAAAUUUUAGGAGAAAUCACAAAUAAUUUCUCCAAGAAAAGAGCGCUUGGUCAAGGCGCGUACGGCAAGGUAUACAAGGGCGUGCAUCGCGGAGAAGAGAUUGCGGUGAAGUUGUUCCACAAUAACCUGCAAGCAACUGAUGAACAAUUCAAACACGAGUUUAAUAACCUCAUGGUGCUCAGGCAUCCUAACAUUGUACGGUUAGUUGGCUAUUGCUAUGAUACACAACAUGAACAUGUAGAUUUCCAAGGAAAGAUAGUUUUUGGUGAAACAACAUACAAAGCGCUCUGCUUUGAGUAUAUGCACAUGGGGAGCCUUCAAAAACAUCUUUCUGAUAUAGUUGAUGGACUUGACUGGAAGACACGUUACAGUAUCAUCAAGGGGGCAUGUGAGGGAUUAAAAUACCUUCAUGAAGGAUUCAAAGAACCAAUUUACCAUUUGGACAUAAAACCCGACAACAUACUGUUAGAUGAAAAUAUGACACCAAAACUUGCAGAUUUUGGUUUGUCCAAGUUCUUUGGCGAAGAACGAACUAGGGUCACAAAUAGUCCUAUACGAACAAUUGGAUAUAUGCCCCCUGAAUACAUUUAUGGACGUGUCGUCUCAAAGAAGUUAGACGUGUUUAGCUUGGGUGUUGUAAUUACAAAGAUAAUUGCAGGACCCAAGGGGCCCAUUGAAAGUGACGAAAAGCCUUACCAAGAAUUCCUUGAACAAGUACACGAAAAAUGGAGGAACAGGUUGGAAGCAGCUUGUACUUCUUCAAGGAUACUAGAAGCAUAUUGUGAACAAGUGAUCAUAUGCACUGAGAUUGGACUGAGCUCCAUGAAGUCUGAUAGGAACGAAAGGCCAAAUAUAAUGAAGAUUAUAGAUAGACUGGAUCAGACUGAAACUAAUAUUAAAAAGGCGAUUUUAUUGUCAGCAAAUUCACAUUCACCGAUGGUAGUGAAGUCCUCAAGGGAGAAGGAUAACAAUCUGGUGAAGGUAGAAGCGUUCGCAAGGAACAAGACGGUUCAAGGUGCCGAGACAUGCAACAAGUUUCCUGUUCUGGUGCGGGUUACUGCAGCGCCAUGGCGUCGUACGGCGGAGAUGCCGCGCGCUGGUGUUGACGUCGUUGUUGCGCUCAACAUCAAAAUGAAUGAUGUGAAAGAGGCAAUGAUAAUGUUAGUCGAAAGGCUCAGCUCCAACGACCGGCUCUCCAUUUUAUUUUCCAGGAUCUGUAUGCAAACGCAACACGUCAUGGAGCUCACCUAUAUGUCGGACCAUGGCCGGGGCGUUGCCAGGCUCAAGAUCAGCGAGCUGGCCCAUGGCCAUGUCCGGCAGUACAGUGAGUAUGAGGCCUCCGCUCUGCAAGAGGCAGCUCAGAUCCUGCGGCAGCGUGGAGUGGAGGAGAUCAGUAACCGUACAGGCUGCAUCAUGCACAUGUGGACUGGUCCAAUGCAUCCUAAGAUCCACGAAGAAGAUAUCAGCCGGGAGUUCCCGGUACACACCAUUGCUAUAGGCAACCACGAAGCCAGGGGCAUGAAGCGUGUGGCCGACAAAACCUCUGGCACAUACUCCUUCAUCAAAGGCCGGAACCUCGACAAUAUCAAAUAUGCCCUCGUGUUAUUCAUCACUAGAAUCACAUCGGUUGCAGUGAGGUCUGUGGGGAUCACCCUCCAGGCUGACGAGGGUGUCACCAUAUCUUCCAUUGCGUCAGGUCGCUAUAGCAGCCUUGUAAGCUCGGACAAUCGAUUCGGCACAAUAGACAUCUACAACAUCUGUGCUGGAGAGCAGAAGAACUUCAUAGUCUACUUGAAGGUCCCACAGGGCAAAGAGAAGCUUGUCACUGUUGGUGGAAGGUACGAGAGCCUGAACACGAGCGGGGAGCUAGUGGGCAUGGAUGUGGUCAUAUCACGACCACGCCGGAAAUGCCGAUCCGACGAGGUGAUCAUCCACCCUAAGGUGGCAGCAGAGCUCUUGCGGAUCCGAUUGAUGAAGGGCGUCUUGGAUAGGAACGGCGACAACAUUGAAUCACUUUGGGACAGGAUGAAGAACUCUGAUGAGGGUCGCGAUGCCCAAGAGGAAACCUUCGCUGACCUCGAGAAGGACGUCACUGAAAUGGGAGGCCAAGAUCGGGACAAGAUGGAACUGUCAUGGCUAAAUUCCCAUGAGUGGCAAUGUGCAACCACUAAGGAAAUAGCCUCCAGCUCCGGCGCAUUCGGAAUCCUAGAGCAACAACAUACCAGUUUGGUAAAGAUAGAAGGAUUCACAAGAAGCAAGGCAAUGAUGGGAAGUGAGGCAUGCGACAAGUUCCCUGUCCUGGUGCGGGUUACUGCAGCACCAUGGCGUCACACUGGUGAGAUGCCACGUGAUGGUGUGGAUGUUGUUAUCAUGCUCGACAUUAGCAAAAACAUCCAGGUGGAGAGGCUGGAGCGCAUGAAGCAGGCCAUGUUGAUCAUGAUCGACGAACUCAGCCCCAACGACCGGCUUUCUAUUGUGGUAUUGCAGACCAACAAGAGCCACCUUAUGGAGCUGACGUACAUGUCUAACGAUCCUGGCCAUGGUCGGGAUGUUGCCAGGUUCAAAAUAAGUCAGCUGAAAACUACAAGUGGAAGGUACAUGUGCCAUAGUGCUAGCGCCUUCCUACAAGAGGGAGCUCAGAUUCUGCGGGAUCGUGGAGCGGAGGAGAGCAUCAGUCGCCUAGGUUGCAUGUUGUUUUUGUCAGAUGGCAAGUACCCACAGAUCUUACAGAUAAAGAUCAACAAUGAAUUUCCAGUGCACACUUUCGGUUUGGGUGCUGACCACAACCCCAAGGUCCUGAAGUACAUUGCAGACAUGACCUCUGGCACUUACUCUUUCGUCGACCAAGACACCAGCAACAUCAAGGAUGCCCUCGCGCUGUUCAUCACAGGCCUCACGUCGAUUGCGGCAAAGUCUAUCAUGAUCACCCUCAGGGUUCACAGUGGAAUCGAGAUAGCAUCCAUCGAGUCUGGUGGCUACAUCCACGAUGUAAAAUCUGAUAAAAUGUCCGGCACAAUAAACAUCAACCACAUCUACGCUGGUGAGCAGAAGGACUUCAUCGUCCACCUGACAGUAUGGAAUGGCAGAAAGAAGCUUGUGACCAUCAGCGGUCAAUACCAGAGUAUCAACGGCAGCAUGUCCCUGGCUCAAACAGACUUAUCCCUGUUACGGCCCUGGUCUACAUGCUCAUCAGACAAGUUGGCCAUCCACCAUGAUGUGGCCAUGGAGCUCACGCGCACCCAAUUACAGAAGGGAGUCUCAGCCAUGCUGGAGAAGGACUUGUCCGUUCAGGGCCUGCAAAAGAUGUGGGAGGUGAUCAAGGAUUCCGACAUUGGCCAUGCCACACCUGAAAAGGCCUUGUAUGGCCUCAGCCUGGAUGUGGGUGAAAUGCAGAGAGACGUUUCAGGGCUCGCUUACAUGCUGUCAUGGUUGUCAUGCCACAAGUGGCAGAGUGCGACCACCAAGGGUGCACAUGCACCCUACAAGUCUAGUGUUGUCCAAACCAUAUGGCCGCACACAGAUAAAGGUAGCAGUAUGGUGAAGGUAGAAUAUUUCACAAGAAGCAGGGCGAUUCCAAGUGAGAACCAGUGCAACAAUUUCCCUGUCCUGGUGCGAGUUGCGGCAGAGCCAUGGCAGUGUGCAGAGGAAAUGCCACGUGUUGGUAUCGACAUUGUGGCUGUGCUUGAUGUCAGUAUGAGGAUGCAGGGGAAGAAGCUAGAUCAUAUGAAGCAGGCUAUGAUGGUUGUCAUCGACAGGCUUGGUGCGAAUGACCGACUUUCCAUCGUGUCAUUCAAUACCUACGAGAAUCGCCUCAUGAAGCUCACUUACAUGUCCGAUCAUGUCCGGGAUAUCGCCAGGCUCAAAAUAAACAAGUUGUCUGCCAGUGGUCAGAAUGAUAUGGGCUCCGCUCUGCGAGAGGGAGCUCAGAUUCUGUCAUGGCGUGGAGCAGAGUGCAGCCAUCGUGUAGGCUGCAUGAUGCUCCUAUCAGAUGGCAAGUACUCAGAGAUAUUCCAGACAAAGCUGAACUCGGAGUUCCCAGUGCACACUUUUGGUUUAGGCACUGACCACAAUCCUGAUGUCAUGAAAUAUAUCGCCGACAUGACAUCCGGCACUUACACCUUCAUGAACCAGGACAUCGACAGGAUCAAAGACGCCCUGGUGUUAUUCAUCACAAGCCUCACAUCUGUGGCCGCGAUGUCCAUCAAGAUCACCCUCAGGACAGGCGAAGGCAUCACCAUAUUGUCAAUCGAGUCAAGCGGCGGCGACAUCAACCAUGUGAAAUCUGAUGAUGGGUCUGGCACAAUAGACAUCUACAGCAUCUACGCUGGGGAGAAGACGGACUUCAUCGUCUACCUGACAGUGGCAGAGGGCAAGAAGGAGCUCAUGACCAUUGGCGGGCGGUACCUGGGCUAUGACACGGUAAAGCACCUAACUUACACGGACGUCCACAUCCAGCGACAACCACACCAGAAAUGCCUCCCAGAUGACUUGGCUAUCCAGCCUGAUGUGGCAGCGGAGCUCGUGCGUAUCCGGCUGAAGAAGGGUAUCUCCGCCAUGCUGGAGCAGGGCCCGAGCAGUACUGAGCUGGACAAACUAUGGGAUGGGAUCAUAAACUCCGACCAGGGUCAUGGCACACCUGAGGAAAUCUUGUCAGGACUCAGCAUGGACUUCACUGAAAUGAAGAGAGACAUUGAGCACCCGGAGGAGUACAGGAAAUCAGGACUGCCCUACACGCUGUCAUGGCUGACUUGCCAAAAAUGCCAGCGUGCAACUACCAAGGCGCACCCACCAGCUUUGGUGGUUCCAAAAUCCAAACCAUAG